UUCAAGUUCGAUGAGUUGUUUCCAGACAACGAAGAAAUAUCUAAUUUGUUCUCGAAUUUUGGUCUUGUAGCUGAUGCUUCGCAGUCUACACCAAGGACAAUACCUGAGAUCGCCGUUUCUGCGGUCAGCGAGGAUGAGCAGGAUGAACUGCAGCCGAGGAGGUCAUCGUGGGCAUCAGAAGAUGAGUCAUCGUCUGGAAAAGACGAACAACGCUGUGCUGACUGUGGAAUAUAUGGACUCAACAGGUCUUACUGCAAUGUCUGUUCUCAAUCGAUGUGUGAGCCUUGUUGGAAUCGACAGCUGUGUCACAAGACCACCAAUCACGAGAUACCUCAUGAGAAAACCCCAGAGUCUCUUGCACGAAAGACGCGGGCGGUAUUCAACCCAGACAUCAAGGACGAAGAGCGCGAAGAGUUACACUGUAAGGAUGUUCUUACUUCGUGGUUUGGUGUUCACCGCGAGGAUAGCGCGCGGCCUCUUCUUCGAGAUUACGGAAGAUUUGAAGGUCUGAUGGCUUCGAUGAGACAACUUCCUGAGGAUGGCUCCUCCUAUCUUGACCCGAAUGCACGUUAUCCGAGCUUCGUAUCGUUUGUCGGCCAAACUGGAGCCGGAAAGAGCUCUCUAAUCAAGCUGAUUAUCGACCUCAGUGUGAAAACACACAGACAGUUUGACACUCCGGUGGUUGGCGCGAUUGGCAAUAUUUCACCAACUUCAACUGACGUGCAUCUCUACAUGGAUCCGUCUACCUCCAACUCCGAUCAUCCGAUACUUUACGCCGACUGCGAGGGACUCGAAGGUGGUGAACGAGAACCUGUUGCUACCAAAGCGGUCAGACAAAGAGCAACAAAGGCGACUUCAGGUGUUCCCGAUAAUUCUGUGCAUCACGUCUCCGAGCGAGACCUUAUCUGGGCGGACAAUUCGUGGAAAAGGACUCGAGAGUUUGCAGUCAGGGAGCUCUAUCCUCGUCUUCUAUACACGUUCUCUGAUGUUAUCGUUUUUGUCCUCAAGAACCCGAAGGUUGUUGAGAGUGUACUGGUCAAAUUAGUGGAGUGGGCCGCAGCUGCACUCGAGGGAUCUUCGAAUCAACCAGUCCUACCGCAUGCUAUCAUUGCCCUUAACGCUUCAGAGAACGCGACCCCAGCAGAGCUCUGGGAUGUCGAUGUCGCAACUGAGACGCUGAUGCGAGAAAUGUCUCAAACGGUGUUCAAAAACGAUACUUUCCGAAAGUAUGUGAAGUUUUGGCGCGAUUGUAACCGGACCAUUGGUACUGUGGAGGACCUCAUCCUCUCCUAUUACACGUCAAUCAAGGUCGUUCGUAUUCCCGAAACUGGACGGCCCAACCUUAUCGCGCAGCAGAUCACCGAACUCACAGCAAAUAUUCGGUGGGCGUGUCAAAUGUCAGGAAGACGAAAAGGAGACCUACGCAUGCUGCUGAAUGCAGAAGACAUGCAGCCUUACCUCCAAUAUGCUUUUGAUCAUUUCUCGAAAAGCAUCGAAUCUCCAUUCGACUUCGUUCAAGCAUCGUUCGCUCACAGUCCUAUCCCUGACGACUUUGGCGGAAACAUAUUGAAACUUGCUGUACAACUCAUGGAGGCUUGGAAAGACCGAGCAACACCAAAGCCCAUCUUCGAAGAGCUUGCAGCUGUGGUUGCCAGUUGUAUUAUGCUGGAUGCUACGCGACAUGGGAUCCUUGGUAGGCCCUGGGAAGGUAUCGUCGAAGAAAGCGGACAUACCAAGGGACAUCAAUCAGCAUCUGGUAAAGUCCUUGCUGGUGGUGAAUAUGAAUCACACUUCACCUUUGAUGCUUUCCAAGAACAUUUCCGUAACGAAGUUUACGUCUUCCUUGACGACUUGCUCUGCAGUCUGCCGCGAAGUCAUCCAGGCGAUGGUAGACCCGAAGUCAAAGCCGCCACUGAACGACACAAAACGAUGAUCCUGAAACCGUUCUUUGCCCAUGUAUCGGAAGGAAAUAGGACGUACGACUUCUCAAGUCAUACCGUCUGCUUUUGUUGUCUGUUCGAUUUUCCAGAACAUUCUCUACCAUGUGGUCAUGUUAUAUGUACCCGAUGUCUCAAAGCAUACGGCAAUCCGACUAAAGAACAUACUGUGGAGUUCUGGGAAUGUCCCAUCGACGGCAAAAAGUUAGGAUACACGCCAUUCUACCUGAAAUCCUCGCAUUGUGGCGUCAGAAUUUUGACUCUGGACGGCGGUGGUGUGCGCGGUAUUGCUGAACUCGAGAUUCUCACACAGAUCGAGAACGCUCUAGGCAACGGGCUUCGCAUACAGGACUUUCUGGAUCUUGUGGUUGGAACCAGUACUGGUGGUAUCAUUGCACUGGGACUAGCAGCCAAAGGUUGGAGUGUCGAAAAUUGCACUCAGAAGUUCGAAAGUUUGUGUCACAAAGCCUUUCAAGAGCGUAUGAUGGCCAGGGACCCCUUGAUUGGCAGAUUGGUCCGAGGCUAUUACCACUCGCUCUAUGAAACGAGUGCUAUCGAAGGAGCGCUCAAGGAAGCAUUCACAGAGGACGACAACCUCUUUGGCGGAGAAACUCAGAACUCAGGUAUGCCGAAGAUCAAAGUUGCUGUCACAGCUGCAGCUGUGAGCUCUUGUGUCGUUCUGUCGAACUACAAUCGCUUCCCAGAGACGUCUUUGCCCUACCAUUUCGAGCGUCCAGAGAAAGCCUCUGCCGAACUCCGAAUCUGGGAAGCUGCAAGAGCCACCUCUGCGGCUCCCACAUAUUUCACACCUUUUAGUCACCCUAGUUCGAAACAAACUUACUACGAUGGUGGAGUCUAUCACAACAACCCCAUCAACAUCGCCGAGCGCGAGAGGAAGCUUAUCUGGCCAGAAGUAAAGGAGCCAGAUGUCGUGAUCUCGAUUGGAACCGGCCACAAUCUCAACAGUCGAGAACAGAAGAAAGAAAUACCAUACAAGCCCGUCGCUACGAGAGGAAUCAUCUCUCAGGGGAUGUUCCUUGCCAACAUGGCCAAAGAUCAUAUUGCCGUCUCUUUGGAUUCAGAACAGACCUGGAAAGACUUCCUCGCCAACACCAAGAAACCCGACGAUAGGUUCCGCUACGUGCGACUCAAUACUACCUUCCGUACUCAUCCGCCUUUAUUGGAUGACCUUUCCAAAAUCAAAGAGUUGAGGGACAUGGCGCACAAGCAGUUUGCAGGCCAAUAUGAGACGAAGAUGCUCGCCCUCAAGCUGGUUGCAACAUGUUUUUAUUUCCAUCCCGACGAGGCGGAUCCUCGCAACAGAAAAGAGGUGAUGGGUUAUAUUCGCUGCCGCCUACCAGACGACGAUCCGAGAAUCUCCGCUCUAGGCACUUUCAUCUUCGAAAAGGUCGGCGUUGCAAACGAAGCUUGUUUUCUUAUCAGCGAACAAGGGCGAGCCGGCUCGCAUACUACGGUCAGGCUCGGCACCGAAGUCCUCGAGCGAAUGAUCCGCAGUUGUGAGUUCCAGCUCAAGCAGAUCAAGAUACCUGUCAGCAACGAGAUCUACAAGACGUGUGUCGAGCUUCGAUUUGCUCCCGGACAAUCAUUCCCUAUCAGCGGGUUCCCCAGGUGCCUCAUCCCAUCCAAAAGACAUUCUAAAGGUAGACAAAUAUCUAUCUCCGCG